GACGACGGAGUGAAAAAGAUAUCAAGCCCUCAGUCAUUUGGCCAUUGAGGCAGGAGGUGCUGUUUCGUUUGUGUUCGUCGGAGGACAUGAUGCUUUUAUUUUCCCGUCGAGUCCAGUUUAAGUAGCGGGCCUAGUUCCAAUUGUCCCGGCAAUGUGUGUUUAAGAGCAAUUAAAAUGACAUGACGAGACUGUUCAUCUUACAGGUUCUGCUGUUUUUUGAGUCGUCUCUUUGGGCGAAAGGAGAUGAUGCCUCGGAGGAACCUUCACACGACCGAAUCAUUUUGCACAUCCCGAUUCCGAUCACAACAUUGAAACACACCCACGCUGUAUUCAAAAUAACAGAGAAUGGAGGCAAGAAAACGCACGGUCUCGAACUUUAUCAGCCGAAACAGCAGCAUCUCUACACUCACCAUCACAAAGGUAGCGGGAAUCGAGAUCACAAGCGCGGCUCACGGAAAGGCUCCAAGCAGGAUUCAACCACCUCCAAAAAUAGCGCAAAACACGCGAAAAAAGAAAAUCACUCUCAAGACAAAGCUGCCGAGGAAUUUUUCCAUUAUUUGAACACUCGCUUCGACGAGGCACCCGAAAAACAACUUCCGAGAGAUCGGAAUGAAGAACUCUUCAACCGCUAUUUCCGAACGAACGCCAAGUCCAAUCAGGAUACGAAGGUAUCCAGCAAAACCAAUCACAAAACCCCGAGAAAACCCACAAAACACGAUCAUCAUUCAAGCAGUCGUCCUGGACGCAGCCGUCAUUCGAAUCACUACCGUAGUAAACCAGAACAGGGCCGCAGCAAAAAGGCACACAAAUCACACAGCUCCACUUCAAAUCGCAACAAAAACAGCUAUCGAGGAAGGAUUCAUAAAUAUCCUGAAAAAUACAGUGAUGAUCACAACAUUUUUGAUCAUGAUCAUGGUCCUGAUGACAGCCACGAAUCCGACGAAAAGGUUCGUCUGGCAGAAAAUGAUAACCAUGACUUUGAUUUUCAAUCCGAGGAUGACAGUUUCAAUUUGGAACCGGUUGAUGGUGAAAAACCGCGAGUUACCAUAAAAACGAUUUUACCGAAACUUCAACCGAAUUGGGCAGAUGAGGGUUUGAUAUCACCUUUCGCGUUGAAUGAUGUUUUGUUCAAGGACAAAAAGUACAACAAGAAAGUAUUCAAGGAACUUGGAUGGUACCCAUUGUUCCUGCCGUAUGAGGUGCAAGAGGAUCAGGAGAAGAAAAAAUAACACACGAGUUUGUCUAAUCCGCAAUGGCACUAAGAUUCAUUUUUCAAAAUUUAAUGAGUUACGGUCGUUGUGCCCUAUUUUUUUCUCGUUCUGAAAGCUUUCGCUCUUGUAUCUCAUCAUAUUAUGUUUUGAGUGUUCCAUUAAUCGCAAGAAUCUUUUCAACUUUAUUCAUACAAAAAGCUUGGUAAUAACUUUUGGGUAACCAUACUGAAACGUAUUGUGCCAGCUAAACAUCUUUUUGUUCUAUUGUGUAUUAAAAUAUAUCCCAAACCUUUGUUUCAAUAAAGAAAAGGUAUAGUUGUU